GAUCCCGUGGUUACAGACGCAGAUGGGGUGGUGUUACGCGACGCGGUACUCGGUCAUCGGUCGGCGACGACAGUAAAAGCAACGUCGUAGUUUCGGCUGUGCCUGGUGCGAAGAAAAUUUCUUCCGGAAAAAAUUUAAAGCCCCAUUCGAAAGGAAUUUGUUCCGGUUUCGGGUGUUCGGCGCGCGUCGGUUACGGGUGUUUUGUUUGUGACCCGAGUUGUUUUGUGAAAUAUUGUGGACGCGUUGAUUGAACCACCGGACGACGAGAUUGCUGCGGCCAGGCCCUUGGAUGUGCUGUGUUGUUCGCUGUGUUGCGUCAACGGGCCGUCGUCAUCGUCGUCACCAGCGAUGAGCAGCCAGAGUCAUAAGAUGUCCGGUCCUCAUGUCCCGUGUUCCUCCAGCACCUCCAGUAAAACCGCCGUGGAAGAAAUCGAACUAACGGCCCGAUUCAGCGAACAAAUGGCCCAGCUGUGCAUGUCUUACGACUAUUCCGACGUGACGUUCAUCGUCGAAAAUGAGAAGCUUCCGGCCCAUCGAGUGAUCCUGGCGGCACGGAGCGAGUACUUCCGGGCAUUGCUGUACGGGGGCCUAUCGGAGUCGACGCAGAACGAGAUCCAUCUGAAGAUACCGUUGAAGGCUUUCAAGGCCCUUCUGAAGUACAUCUACUCGGGCAACAUGUCUCUGGCGCAAAUGAAGGAGGAAAACAUUUUGGAUACUCUUGGAUUGGCCAAUCAGUAUGGCUUUACAGAUCUGGAGAUUGCCAUCUCGGACUACUUGCGGCAGGUUCUCUCCCUCAAUAACGUUUGCGCCAUCCUAGAUGCAGCUAAGCUAUUCGCACUGGAAGGACUCACCAGUGUUUGCCACUAUUUUCUGGACAGAAAUGCGGAGGCCAUUCUCCAGCAUGAGACAUUCAAGAGUCUUUCGCAGGAUGCCAUCUGCAGCCUGCUCUCCAGAGAUUCGUUCUUCGCGCCGGAGGUGCAGAUAUUCCAGGCCGUGCACGAUUGGUGCAAUUUUAACUCGGAGGUUGGAAACAUCGAGGCGGUAGUCUCCAAGGUGCGGUUCUCGCUGAUGACGCUGGAGCAGCUGCUGCAUGUGGUGCGGCCGUCCGGCAUUCUAGAUCCGGACCAUUUGCUGGACGCGAUUGCCGAGAAAACGGCAUCGAAGCUGUUACCUUACCGGGGAGCAUUAUGGCCCGAGGAGAACGUCGCCUGCAACAAGUUCAACUCCCGUACGAUCCAGGGUGAGUUGCGGUCGGCCCUCCUGGACGGCGAUACCAUUUCCUACGACAUGGAAAAGGGCUACACGCGGCACUCGAUCAGCGAAAACAACGACAACCAGCAGGGCAUCAUCGUAGAGCUGGGCAAGCUGUUCAUCAUCAAUCACAUCAAGAUACUGCUGUGGGAUCGGGACACGCGAUGCUACUCGUACUAUGUGGAAGUUUCGGUCAACCAAACCAACUGGGACCGGGUUGUGGAUCAUACGGAUUACUACUGUCGUUCGUGGCAGUAUCUCUACUUCCCAUCGAGGGCCGUGAGGUACAUUCGGUUGAUGGGGACGCACAAUACCGUGAAUAAGGUAUUCCACGUGGUCGCCCUGGAAGCGAUGUUCACCGAGAAGACCACUCCAGUCGUAAAUGGCAUCAUGGCACCGAGCUAUAACGUGGCCACCGUAGAUCGAAGCGCCACCGUCGUCGAAGGCGUCAGUCGAACCCGCAAUGUACUUCUGAAUGGGGACGUCAAGAACUACGACUGGGAUUCGGGUUACACCUGCCAUCAGCUGGGCAGCGGUGUCAUUCUGAUUCAGCUGGGUCAACCGUACUGGAUCGGGUCCUUGCGGUUGCUCCUGUGGGAUUGCGACGAUCGGUCGUACAGUUUCUACAUCGAAAGCUCGACUAACCUGAAACAGUGGGACAUGAUCGUGGACAAGCGGAAGGAUCUGCUCAAGUCGUGGCAGCACUUUGUCUUCGAUCCCAGGGUGGUGGUCUACAUCAAGAUCGUCGGAACGCACAACACGGCCAACGAGAUUUUCCACUGUGUCCACUUCGAGUGUCCCUCGCAGGAUCCAAAAUUCCUGAAAAGUGAUGCUCGCGAUGGGUUGCUGUCGCUGGCGCUAGCUGCCAGUAACGGAAACAACGGCAAUAACGCCGGUGAAGCCGGUUUGCUAGCGCUGGAAAUGUACGCCAUGGGGGCUGGUGGCGCUGCGGGAGGUCUCGCAGCAGUCCUGGAGCCCCAGCCCAGCACUAGUCGAGAGAGCACCGUUAGCACACGGGAAUUGGUAGAUUGAAUUAGUAGUUGGCAUCAGUUUGAGCGUGGAGUUUUUUUUUUUACUAGGAACGCAACUAACUACAUAUACCUACUUAUCAAACUGCGAUAAAUUAUAAAGGCAUCACAAAUAUAUGGAACGCAAUAGAAUAUUAAUAGGAACUAACUAGUUUCCGUUUCAACAUGAAACGGAAUGAUAUUCCAAAAAGUUUUUAAACUUGAAAACCAUGAGAAAUUUUAUUCGGUUGAAUAGCUAUAUUAUUCGGCAUAUCGCAUUAUCCUUUUUAUUUUGGCAAUGCACACUCACAUCACAUUAUCUGUCGUGGUCAUAGAUUUAUCUAAUUUAUUUAUUUUUAGGCAGCUUUUAAUCCCAGUGAAGUUUUUUUUUUGUUUUAAUUGACGUAUUUUGAGAUGAGCAUUAUAACCUGAAUAAAUAAUACAUGAUAAUGGUUGUUUUUAACACUUCUAGAA